CAUAUCGACAGUCAUGACAGUAAACGAAUUUGUUGCGAGGUAGGCCUAAGUUGUUUACGCGGCAUGGUAUAUUUCAAGAACAAAUUUUCAACUUCGUACUUUUCAUUUAUCAAUCUCACCGAUGACUCGGAAAAUUGAAGAGGAAUCAAGAUUUUACGUGCGAGAGGUGUCUGAAUGGCCGGUGUGUGUCCACCAACUGUGAACCUCUCAGUGCGCCAUUGAAAGCAAAGUACCACCCCACUGUCACUUGGGCAAUGGGCAUUGUUACAUCAAGGGUUUGAUCACCAGCCGAGUGGGUACCGGACAGGGGCUUGAAGUGUUAUGGAGCCACAUUGCCGAGAUGAUCAACCGGGCUGAUCAUUUUGGAUCCGAUCAUUACACCUUUUGACAUCUUGGACAGAACAAUUGUGAGAAAGAAGACACCACCGUACCUGCGACAGUCCACAUCCACUUUAUACAUGUAUUGGAAAUAAACGAUACAGGAUGGGCGCGCAAAAUGGAAAAGCGUAUGAUUCUGCAACAGACAGGAGGACAGGCAGCAGUUUUUCCCAAUCUGACCUGAGUGCAGAUGAUUAUAAUUUUUCAUCAUCUGCACAGUCGCCAUCUUAUACCAACUCAAGUGCAGACUCCUUGCAAGUGGUCAGGAAAUUGCGGCUUGAGAAUGGAUCCCAGGCAUCCCCCAAGUCACCCUCACAAGAGUCCAAGAGUACUGCCACAAGUUCAGGGGCGUCAUCCUCAGCUACUAGUCCAACACCACUCAUAGAGACCCAGGAGGUUACCGAGGUGGACAUGACUAAAAUGAGGAAGAAACUGGCUCCUCCAAGGACUGCCAAUGACUCACCAUUUGACAAACUCACAGACAAAGUCAUCACUAACAUCUUCUCUUACCUGACAGCUAAGCGUUUGUGUCGCUGUUCUCAGGUCUGCAAACGAUGGCAGCGGCUUGCCUGGCAACCUUGCUUAUGGACGUCCAUCCUGUUGUCCAAGCGACAGAAGAACAUUGAUUAUGCCUUGAAGUGUCUGAUACGGAGGCUGUGCUUAGAGACACCCUAUGUGUGCCUGACUGUGGAGAGGAUUGUACUGAAUGGGUGUGACCAGCUAACGGAUCGAGGCCUGAGUUUAAUUGCCAGACACUGUCCGGAAUUGCUACGGAUUGAAUUGGGAGGGUGCAAUAACAUUACCAAUGAAGGAGUCUUUGAAUUGGUCUCGCGAUGUCCAAGCAUUGACUAUAUGGAUUUAAUGGGAUGUCAGCAGGUUAAUUUUCUGAACUUUCCUUCGGACUACAAUGCAUCCAGAGCCAGCCCCCUACAAGGCCAGACUAUCCUCCUCAGGCAUUUGGACCUAUCUGACUGCUCCUCAUUGGAUGACAGUGGUCUACGCAUCAUUGCUACCAACUGUCCAGGGUUGCUGAACCUGUACCUCAGACGUUGCUAUCAACUGACAGAUAUCGGUGUGCAGUACCUGUCAGCCCAUUGCUUCAUGAUCAAAGAGCUUUCUCUGAGUGACUGUCAUCGUAUCACAGACUGUGGAAUGAGGGAAGUUGCCAAACUAGAAUCACAUCUGAGAUACCUGAGCAUCGCUAAGUGUGAACUCAUCACGGAUAUGGGUGUGUAUGCCAUCGCCAAGUUGUGUGUAAAACUCCGGUAUUUGAAUGUCCGCGGCUGUGCACACAUCACUGAUAAAUCGCUGGAUGUGUUGGCUCGUGGUUGUCCACGACUAAGGUCUGUAGAUGUUGGCAAAUGCCCAUCCAUCACGGACAGAGGAGUGGCCAGUGUGGCUGUUAACUGUUCUGGGUUGCGCAAGCUGAGCAUCCGAGGUUGUGUGAACGUGACAAGUGAGAGCCUUACAAUAUUAGCCAGGUACUGCCCAGAACUGCAGCAGCUCAACAUACAAGAAUGUGAUGAACUGAGUGUUCAGGCCUACAGAGUACUCAAGAAGCACUGUAGAAAGUGCAUUAUUGAGCACACCAACCCAGCAUUCUACUAAAAAAAGGACAGAGGGAAUAGAAAGAACCAUUGCAAGAUGAGUAAUGCAGUAAUUUAACACAGUCUCUUUUGCUUGGUAAUAAAGUCAUCAGUUAUACCACAGACUGACAUAAAUCUAAAAAUGUUGGCUAAAUUAAGGUUUUUUUUCCCCUCACAUGGGGCAUUGAUUUCAUUUACAUGUACUAUAAUUUUGCAUUGAUCAAAAUUUAUUUAAUCAAAGCUUAAUUUAAUGUAAAUGAUGCAGAAAAAAAGAAGGAAAACAUUUCCACAAAGUGAAGCAUGGCUUAACACCAUGUAUGUACAUGUGCGUCAUUGAAACCCCAUUCUAAACCUUGUAAUCCUGUGCAAAUGUGUAGAACAGAGAUGCCACUUUUUCGGUUUAAACCGCAAUUCGGUUUUGUUUUUUUUAAUCUCACAAAAUUCCGGUCUUUCCGGCCAUAAAAAAAAACUGGACAAAAAAGAAGAAAAACUGUGCAAAUGUUUUUAAUAGCGCUCUGGCUCAACGUUGUUCGUUGAAGUAGUCUUAAAAACAAGUCUUUGUUGUUGCCGAGUCUGCAUGCGAUACAGGCGGCCGACGUACAUACUUGCACACAGUAUACAAUGGCGCCUCACGUGCUGCAUGCACCGCGUGCUGCAUGCACAGCAUGCGGGCGUGUCGUGUGCAAAGCACACGUAGCAUUCAGCCUGGAAAUCAAGUCUAUCAUUUCAGUUACAUGUAUCGGUGGUUCCCGAUCGCAGUGAUAUAUGUGAACACAAAAACGCCGGGUACCAACAACGUUUUUGUCUUGCACAUCGCGUAGGGCAAAGGUCAUGUACAAGAAACAGUGUUGUGGAAUCGUGCAUGUUUUUGAUGUUUCAUGUGGAAUAUUACGUUGGAAAUUCGGGUAGGCAGAAAAAAUAAUAGGAAUAUGGAAAAAUCAAAGUGAUUGAAAGUGAAUUAAUCGCCAUAGAAGCAAAAAAAUAAAUGGAGCUUGGCUUGCUGCAAGCGAAAGAUGACAAUAGGGACUUACUGGCUUUUUUACAAAAAAAAUAAAGUUCCGUUUUUUCCAAGCAGCUGUUCCGGUUUUUUUUAAAGCAGACACCGUUCCGGUUUUUUUCAAGCAGACCCUGUGGCAUCUCUGGUAGGAAGAAAAAUGUUUAAUUGACCAAUUACAGGGACUCUCACACUUAACCCAUUUUUUUGACUGGUUGGGGCACUAAAAAUUCACUCCAAUAUUUGAUGAGCAUGUCAAUGCAUCCCAACAUGAUUCCUUAUGCGGGAGGUUCCACAGUGCUUUGAGGAGGACAAACUUCAUCAUUCCACAAACCAUCAAGUCUUUAUACAUGUACGUCACCUCACACUGCAAUUUGUAUAUGUAGUGGCAGCCUUUGCAGUGGCCUAUUAAGAUCAGUGGCCUAUUAAGAUCUGCCACUAUAGGGGAUGCAGUGUCUCGCAAAUUCCAAAGAACACAAAUAAACAAUGGUCUUGACAGAAGCUUGUGGUUUCAAUUAUGUAUUGUAAUAAUGUAUUGUAACUCCAGGGGCUCUCUCAAUGGCAAGAGCAUCUUGCUUGCUCGGUCUUCCUGUGGGACACUUUUCAUGACGUCUCUAGAAUUUGAUAUAAAGUUGUACAGUCGCAGUCCGGACUCUCCCUUAUACUGUGCAUUGCAGUCGAACUCCACACAAAUCUUCCCCUGCUUCUUGGGGUGAUAGACCCCAUGUGGGGUAUGUAUGCAUACCACACACUCCAGAUGAUUUGCUAACAUCAGUACGGUACCAGCCACUUCUGCCGCAUGAUGAUGUCUUCCGCAUGAUGAUGUUCUAUAAGAAGUUGGUGUAGUCAGAAUGGUACUUAAGAUUCUUCUUGAAGCUAGUCUUGAUGAGAAGAUCAAGGUGGUGCAGUGCCAUCAAUCUGCUCUGCAAAUCUGGUUCCGACUCAAGGAGUAGUAAUGGCAUUCCAGAACUGGAUGUCAUCCUGUGAUAUCAUGUCAUCUGGUUUCUUCUCAGGGAAGUGUAACUCCAUCAUCUGUUAAAAUUCAGUUAAAAUGAUAUCCUUCACCUAAUUCUUGAGAGAGAAGAUCACAUGCUCAUUCAACAACUGAUCAUUUUCCAACAAAGGGUGCAGACCUUUAUUGACUUUUGUCAGACAUUCUGGGUCUCGUCCCACGCAGAUUCUCUUCACUGUCAAUGAUGCAUUCACAAGCUCUUUUUACUAGCUAAUGAUUUUUUUUUCAGUCCUCUCAUAAUUUCUACAAAUUUCACUGUCCCAAUAUUCUGCUGCCUACAAUUCUUCAAGUUGGUGACUUGACUCCAGCAACUGUUGCAAAGCCAUCUCAUCCAGCGUUAAUUUACUUGAUCUGAAUCAGAUAAUAAUUUCUCCAAUUGGUUGGCGCAUCUGUGCCAGGCUGACAGGGUACUUGGCAACCUGUACUCAUGAAGGUUGACUUGUCAUAGGACAUUCUUUUCUGUGAUUUGUCUUUCUCUGGGGGUUUUGACUCCAUUUUGAAAGUUAAGGGAAUGCUUGUUGUUGCUGAAUAAGUAUGGGCCUUAUUUACGAGUUGGCCAUUUUUGUCGAGUUCCCUGAAUGUAUUGCGUUAAGUGUUAACCGUUGAAUGGGAUGGCGCCAGACUAUAUAUGCAGGCACAAUGCAGCAUUAUUUUAUUGUCAAUUUCUGUUUAAAUCUGGCUUUUAACAUUAGGGAAUGUUUAAUUACAAAUUUUAAAUUAUUCAUUGAAGCAGACUGGAAUUAAUUAGAAAUUAAGUUGCUUUCAUUUCUCUUCGCAAGUUCCAAAUAUUAAGAUUUUACCUCACUUUUAAUUCAAUACUCGUGAAUAAGGCCCAUUUACGGUGGUGUAAAGUUUAGAAGGAAACACAAAUACUACAAUGCUUAGAGAAUAACACAUCACUUUCCAAUUGUAAGUUCAGACCCAAGUACGGUACAUGUAUAUUGGUCAUGUUUGCAGGCGCAGGCGAAUUUUGUUUUAUAUAUUGCCGAUGACACAAGCUGUGUCAUCGGUAAACCUGUAUUACUAUACCUCAUAAAUAUUCAUCAGGCAACCGCGGCAUUUCAUUGGUCCAUUCCAGCAACUCGAUCGUGUGAAAGUUUUUACUAUCACCCCGCAUUUUGGUACGGGGGCGUGACGUGCAAAAACCAGGGAGGUACUAUCACACGCCUGGGUCGCAACCUUAGAUUUGUUCCAGUACUGUGUUAUCUCUUUACACGACGCAUGUGCUUUACGUACGUACCGUGGAAAACACCAUGUGAGGACAGUUGCAUGUGCCAGUCUAUUAUGGCAUGCAUAUAAAUGGCGACACGACCGGUGGUGCUCGCUUUGCGAUUUUAACUGAGGAGGAAGUGGGUGAAAUUUUGCACAAUAAUAAUAAAUGCAGUGUUUUGCGUGAAUGUUAAAGUUAAUAAAUGACACAAAAUUAACUUUCAAUUCUGUCCGUUUCCUUAGAUUGAAAUAAUGUUUCACAUUAUCCAAAUACUGCUCGAUCAAAAAACAUGGUGGAAUGGACGAAUGAAAUACUGCAGCUGCCUGAUGAAUAUUUAUGAGGUAUACUAAAACAAAUACAACAUGUUUUUUGCGGGGAACUAGUGAAAACAAAUGACCCCUCGGUGUUGGAUGGUUGGGACUAUCUCCCAAGGCGAAUCAUCCAACACCUCGGGGUCAUUCAUUUUCACUAUUUCCCGACAAACCAUGUUGUAUUUUGUAUAAUAUCAGAUACGUUCCAUUAGCAUGCAACGCAUCAAGCCUUCAAGGCAUACAACAUGAACAAUUUGAUCAUGCAUGCCAUUUUCCCCUUAUCCCCUUUCAACAAAAACAUUAGUGGAAUUACCUGGCUGGUUGGUGUUGUAUGGUAGCCAAAAUCCUGUAUGUUGCCAUAGUAACCAUGAUUAGGGGAAGCUGUUGCUAUGCACUGCUGUCUAUCAAGUAAUUUAAGAAAGCUGCCUAAUGUCUUCCACUGCUGCUCUUUUUCGUUGUUUUAAAGGCUACAUGUAUACUGAACCUAGCUGUUGCUUACAUAUGGUGCUCCAAUGAAAUAGUUUGUGGCUAAUUGUUAGUCAAUGUAGCUGAGUGUUUUGUGUGGGUUUCUUUGAAAGGGGUAGCAGCUCCUUAGUCUGUCAUGUCUGUUUUACAUUAAAGACAGCUUUCUUUGGAUAGUUACUUUUAGGUUUUUCUUUUUAAAGUGGCAGUUGUUCAACCAUGGGGAUGCUACUCCCAUUAUGGACCUGCCACACUCAUCCGAAAUAUGUUGGUUUUCCCAGUUUGACUUUCAUGUAGAUUUUCACAGUUUUUUUAUUCCUUAUGCCUGUUGGUGACUAGCCUGUGUAUAGUUAUGGGAGGGAAAGUGGAUUGAAUUUCUGACUGUCUGUGACUGAUCAAACAGGAUGAAGGGUUUACUUGAUGUUCUCUUUCAAUUCACUUUUCGUCUACUCCAUGAUUCAUCCAUCCCACCAGCUGGCAGCUUGCCAUUUAUUCUUCCACCGAGUUAUCCUUCCAAUCUUAAAAAAAAUAAUUUGUGCGAAUGUAAAUACAUUGUACGCUUUCAUUUCACAGCUCAUAAACUGAUUUACAAGAUGUGGCAAUUAGAUUCCAAACAAUGUGAAAACAAUAAGUCAAAAUCAACGUUUUCGUAUGAGUGAGCGGUGAAUUGUGGGAGAGAGUUUUAGAAAAACAAACCCCUGUGAUGCUAAAAGCUAGCCGUUUAUUGGACUAGGAUUGCGUGACGUGUUUUACUUAUCAAAGAAAUGCAUUGUAUGGGCAAGUUGGCACAUAUUCGACCAAAACUUUGAUUUGGCUUUUGGAAUGCUGAUAUAGAAGCCCGCCCUCUGUUGUUUAUAUAAAGACAGCAAUUGAUGGUGAUGAUAUUCAUUAAACCCUGCGACGCACACAUAUGGACUAGUCAUCAGUUCAGUUGAAAUUUCCACCAUGUGGAUUCAAAUCUGUACAAAUUUCAGGGUUGCAACAUGUUUACAUGCGCAUGUGUGGAAAGUAAACAUGAAAGUAAACAUAUGAAAUGUGUUUUUAUGUUAUUAUGUUAUUCUACUUGCAUCAUGUUUUGAUUUGCCAUGUUACAAAGGAUUGAUUGUUGGAGAGAAAAUUGAAGGGUUCACAUUAACUUUAAAAAGUUGCUGCAAACAUAGUUUAAAAAUUUACUGAAUUGCAAGCAAAUGUAUGUACAAGUAUUUGAUGCAUUACAUAUUGGACAGAAUGUUUUACUCCAAGGCUAGAGUACUUUGAGACAUGCUCGAGUCCAAAUCACAAGCAAUGGAAGUCAACUGUCAUGUGUACAAUUCCAGACAAGUACAUUCAUAACAAUCAAAAUUAAGGUCAGUGAUAAUGCUUACUCCGGUUCUGGAUUUAAAGUUCAGUUUGUCAAAAAUAUUUUGGUCUUGCAAAAGUACAUCUAAACUUAAAGUUAUAAAGCAGUUGUUAAAUAUCCAAUGCACUAUGUGAUAUGAAAUGUAUAGAGUCGCUAAUCUCUCUGGUUAUAUGUUUUGGUUUUUUUGUAAGGACCCACAUGCACUUUUUCUCAAUGCAUUUGCCCAGUUUCAAAAUGUAUUCUUUUCCAAACUGUUUGUCACACACAUUCUCAAUUCAUUCCCUCUUGUUUUCAGUUUCAUGUUUUUCUUUUGUGUUUACAAACUGCAGAACGUCAGUAAAAAUAUUUUUCAAUGUACUGUAAAUUUUUGUUUGCCAUAUAAAAGUGACUUAGCCACCAAAAAAAAAACAAUGGUCACAUUUCACAGUUCCAUUGAGCGUGUGAAGCCUAAAUCAAUGGUUUUUGUAUGACAGUUUUGGCUGGGAAAAAAUCAACUGUUGUCAAAUAUAAAAAUUGAUGCAUGUACAAUGUAUCUACAGCUUGGUGCUGGACUUUUGGUGUUUUUUACAAAUGAGUUGUGCACUGCCCCAAACAUUUAUUGAAACAGCCGAUAGCAAAAUAUACUUUGCUAAGGAUGACUUUUAUAUUUUAAUCCACCUUUUAUAUAGAAAGGUGAAUAAUAGUUAAGCAGCAGCUUUUUAGACCUAAUUAAAACGUGUCUAUAUCAUGUUUUUCUGGUGAAGUAAAUCUUCAGAGGUUCUUUGUGGGGGGGGGGGUGGUUUAAAGAUAUGUCUAUAUGGUUUCCUUUGUAGCUGUGUUUCCUAACAGGAAUAAAUUACAUUGCAUUUCAUUCCAUCUGUCCUUUGGCCUUUACUGUUUAGCGUGUCACAAGGAUCUUGUAUAAAUUGUAUGUGUUUUAUACCAAAUAUUUAGAUGUGUGUUUUUUAAUAUGUUUUGUACAAAUAUUGCUUGGUUCCAAACCACUGUAUUAUCUUUGUAAAUACAGCUACUUUUGAUCUGUGUGUAUUUAUAUGCGUGUGUACAUGUAAGUAACCCAGCUUUUUAUCUAUAUUUAUUACUCCAAGCUGUCUGAAGAUUUUGGGGUCAUUUUCUUGGAUCUGUGUUACUUCACAACAAAAUCCUACUUCCCCAAAUUUCUAUUUUUCUUUUAAAUUGAUUUCCCAUCGAUAGCUUUAACUGAAAUGCUGAUAACUUAACGUGAGACAAAGCUUUGGUAAAUCUUUUGCAUGUUUUAAAUUUAUAUUUGCAAUAUUUGCAUUAUUUUUGUUUUGACAAUCACGUAUGGAGUAUAUAGUUCUUACAUGUGUUUUGAAAGUACAUGUGAGUUGAAAUAAAUUUGUACUUGAUAAAAUGAUA